AUGAGUAACUGCAGCAGCCGCGCCCUGACCCUGCUGUCUAGUGUUUUUGGAGCGUGUGGACUGCUCCUGGUGGGCAUCGCCGUCAGUACUGACUACUGGCUGUUCAUGGAGGAAGGGAUUGUGUUUCCGCAGAACCAGACCACCGAGAUAGUCAUGGCACUGCACGCUGGGCUCUGGAGGGUCUGUUUCUUUGCUGGUCAGAAAAAGGGCAGCUGUGUUGCUUCCGAGUACUUCCUAGAGCCCAGGCCUGACCCUGACCCUGAAGGCCCCCUCGUAACGGAGAACACAGAAAACAUUCUUAAGACCAUCCGCACAGCCACCCCUUUCCCUAUGGUCAGCCUCUUUCUCGUCUUCACAGCAUUUGUCAUUAGCAACAUUGGACAUAUCCGCCCCCAGAGGACCAUCCUGGCUUUCGUUUCAGGAAUCUUCUUCAUCCUCUCUGGGCUCUCUCUGGUGGUGGGCUUGGUUCUGUACAUCUCCAGCAUCAAUGACGAAGUGAUGAACCGCCCCAGUGGCUCAGAGCAGUACUUCCAAUACCGCUACGGGUGGUCCUUUGCCUUUGCUGCUUCUUCCUUCUUGCUCAAAGAGGGCGCAGGGGUGAUGUCUGUCUACCUCUUCACCAAGCGCUAUGCCGAGGAGGAAAUGUACCGCCCUCACCCAGCCUUCUACCGGCCACGCCUGAGCGACUGCUCCGACUACUCUGGCCAGUUCUUGCACCCCGAAGUGUGGCACCGUGGACGUAGCCCCUCUGACAUCUCCAGCGACGUUUCCAUCCAGAUGACUCAGAACUACCCACCAGCCAUCAAGUACCCUGAACAUAUGCACAUAUCCACCUCACCUUGCUAGACGCACCAGAGAACGAGCUGGACAAGGAAGCCAGCUUUCGCUUGCAGACUGUAUCGUUCUACCCUAACCUGCCUA